AUGGGCCUAUCACCGUAUUUAUUAUCCUUAUCGAUAGCUGCGUGUUUUAAUGGAAAUUUUCAACAAGCAUAUUUACUGUCCAUACUGAAUCAGCCAUAUCUAGAAAUACAGCAGUUCAUCAAUGAGUCAACAAUAGCACGAUCUGGAAAAUCGAUUGAUCCAUUGGCUUUGGAUUUUCUUUGGUCGUUAAUCAAUGCAAUGAAUCCCAUUUCUGGUAUUGUUGGUCAAAUGAUUGCUUAUCUGAUUUGUGAUCGAAUCGGCCGUCGUUGGACUGCUAUCACUUCCUGUCUCAUUGCUAUUCCUGCAUUACUACUUUCGAUGUUGACGCGGUUAUCUUUCCCCUACUAUGAAACACUGGUAAUUGGUCGUUUUUUUUGGGGUACAGCGAAUGGAAUUGCAAUCGUUGUGCAAACCGUUUGGGUUGUAGAAAGUGCGUCAACUACGCAACGGGGAUUUGUCAAUUCCUGGCAGGAAGUAAUCGCUACAGUCGGUAACUUAUUAACGCAGUUAUUUGGAGUACUCCUAUCAACAUCGGAUUUGUGGCCGUUUAUGUUCACGGUACCUCUUACUGUUACUGUUGUCUCCCUAGUGGUAUUUAUCCGAAUGCAUGAAUCACCCCAGUACGCGCUGAUGUUCCGUCAUAAUCGACAAGAAGCUGCAGUUGCAAUUCGUGCCUAUCACGGCCUCAAAAAGGAUAUAGAGAUCGAUGAAGAAAUAAUAAAAUAUGAGGAGGACGGUCAAAGGAAGGAAAAGCAGGAAAAAGGUAUGGGUAAAACAAUGCAGCCGAAUGGUUUGGAAAUUAUGUUUAUGCCAUGGAAGGCGAAUGAUCCACUUUCAGCAAUUAUACGAUUAGGAGCUUGGAUCGGGAUUAUGGUCAAGAUUGCUUAUGUAUUUACGGGAGCUCGAGUUAUCCGGUCAUUUAAUACAUUUAUUUACUAUGAUUUGGGCAGAUGGCAAAAAACAUUCUCUCAGUGGGGUUCACUGGCCAAUACAGUUAUUAGACUACCUCUAUCAUUGAUACCAAUAUUUAUCAUUGAGCGUGUUGGACGACGACCAAUGUUGAUCAUAUCUGAAUUCGUCAGCAUAUUAGCUCUCUCAAUGACAAUAGUUUCUGUUGUAGUUGGUAAAGCAGCAAAGUUUGGAACACUGACAGGUGUAUCGAUAAUUUUGUUUGUAACAUCACUUGGUAUUGGAUCAAUAUCGAGGUUUUAUUCAGCUGAAUUGGUACCAAAAAGCAUGAUACUUCGAACGAUAUUUUAUGCAAUAAUAUACCUUUCGUUGGAAAACUUUUCAUUGGAGCUAAAGAAGGAACAAGUUCCAGACUGGACGGUCCCAGACCAGUUCUUUGUAUUCAGUAACCGGGUGCGACCAUUACCACCCCAUGCACCGGAACCAGUAGAUGUUGUUGCUUGA